AUGAAUUUAAGAAUUGAUCGAUUUAUAUAAACAUUGUUAGCCAAAUCAUAACAUUGUUAACAUGGGUAUUAUAGAAUGUUAUAGUAGUUGUUCAUGUUUUGAACAUGUCUCUAUUCAAAGUUUAUAAACAUUUAAAUAUGCUUAUAUUUUGAGAACUGCAUUGUCAUUGCUUUAAAUCUUAAUUAAAUUCAAAAAGAAUAAGUUAAAAUAGAUACUCAAAAUACUAAUAUCUAAAGAUAACAUUAAGUUUUGUUUGUUCUUAUCCUCGUAUACUCUGAUUACAAAAGGUUUACUUAUAGAUUUACAAUUAGGUUUGCAUUGUUUACUUAGAAAUAAAUACGAAUAGGAUUCUCCAAAAUAUGCUUUUUAUUGUGGCUUAUUGGGUGGAAUGAUUUCAUUGUCAUUUUUGAAAUAUGAAUAAAGAAAAUUUUGGGCAUUAUAUAUGAUUGUAAGAGCUUUGGACACAAGAUUUCAUAAUUUGCAAAAGUAUUUCUUAAUAAUAUAAUUGAAAUAAGUAUGCCUUUGUUAUCAUUUAUUCAUUUAUGCAACUUAUUGCAGCCUAUGCUUAUUUUUUUGAA